UGACUUGAAAUUUCUGUGAUUCGAAUUUGAUUUCGUUAAAGACUUAAGUAAUUUGUUGAUUUAAAUUUAAUUUUCGUGUCUUAGCAAAAUGCGGUUCACAUACAGUCGCCAAAUGAGUCAGCAAGUCCUGCACAUGCAUCAGGUCAUCCGAAGUCAGAUCGGAGACGAUGUAAUGAAAAAGUAUCUGGAGCCAUUGUGGUAUUGUGGCCUCUCCGAUGUCCAAAUGUCAGCUCUGCGUGGCUUCAGGCGUGCCUUGGGGGAUGACAUUUUACAGGGCAGCACACAUCGGUCACGUCAAAUGCUGGUCGACUUAGGCAUUAUCCCGCGACCAUCAUCGAGCGGACUGAAGCGCCUGUUAGAUAUGAGCCGCGGCAACGAUGUGGCCUUUCUGUGGUUCCUCAAGGAAAUGUAUUACAAGACGUCGAAUCAUGAGGCCAUCUACGAGCUUAACGAGCGAAUAAUCAUGUCCUCCAUCUUCUGGCUAGAUCUUUUUCCGACGUUGCUUGAACUGGAACGUGUGCUGCCGCUGCCGCAUAAGUCGGUGGCUCAUCAACUGAAGCAGGAACACUUCAAGGAGCGUCGUUAUAAGGCCAAGCAACUGAAGCACAUGAAGGAUUUGGCUAAAAAAAUAGCUCAGUGCCAGUCAACAAUAAAGGACGACAGCUCGCCUUAUUUUCAGAAGGUCUUAUUUCCCACUCCUCGACCGCGGUGCCAUUUUGCCUACCGUCCGAAGCAGCCACUUUCGUUGCCCACCAUAGAAUCACAUUUAACGCGUAAUUCGAUCAAGUCCCGUUGGUUUGGCAAAUACGACUUCCAUCAAACAGAACGGAUUGCCAGAUCUGUGCUAAACACUCAGAUUGCAAAUAUUCUGUCUACGCUGCAAUCAGACAAAAGUCAUAUGACUGAUCUGACGUCCCUCUGCACGCACCACAUGCUCAUCAGUAAAACGGAGGAAUCGCUGAAUGUAAAACUGGCAAAGAUGAAAGCAGAACGUAGCAAGCAACUCAUGAAUGUGGACAAGCGGCGAGAGAAGAAUCGCCGGCGCGUUCUGGAAGACCUGGAUCGCCUGACGGAUCGCUAUCGGGCGGAGUUUCGUAAGCUAACUCAGAAAGAGCGCAUAUCCUCCACCAGGAAACGCUUAAUGUUGGAUCCAUGUGAUCCGGGUUUCGUUUACCUUAAGAAGGACGACGUUGACAGGUUGCAAGAUGACAUCGUGUGCCGCAUUAUUGAUUCCCGUUUAGGCCUGCACUUACCCGAUAAAUGCAUCCCACCCACCGUCGUGGACAACACUCCUAUAAAGAAAAAUUCAUAUCCUGUGCCUAACCGUUCCAGCGCUAUUGAGUCAGGGGACAUACUGGAAUUGCAACUUGGGCCACGACUAUCAUCGAAGCCACAGAGUAAAACUGGCAUUGAGAGGAAGAAGGUUCAUACCCAGGAAACCUGUCAAUGUCGGUGUUCCUGUAGCAGCGAUUACUUUGAGCUGGGCACGAAUGCUUUGUUCCACAAGUUCAACUAUCCCAAGGUAUUCGAUUCCUACAAGAACGAAGAGAAGGAGGAGCAGCAGAAGAUAAGGUUAGCGCUGAUCAAGUCGCUCAGGGAAGAUGAUGAUAAUAAUUGUGAGUCAAUAGACACACUGGUGGAUCGCUCAGCCAAGCGCAUUUUCAGAGAGGGUAUUGAGCUCUUCGAUAAGCAGUAUCAGAAGGCGCGCUGGGAGUCUCUUAAAGGCGAUUCGCAUACACGGAUUGAUCUGGGCUAUGAUUAUUACGAUGCUGAUGAUCUGGAUCUGAUGAGAAAUCUGCUGCGCAUGGGGCUGGACCGCGUGGCCCGUGAUCAACGCUUCGUCUUGCCCACCCUGCCUGAAGUGCAUCUCGUACCGAUGCUACUUGAAUGGAUCCGAGCACGCUAUGGCAAACGUUACUCCCAAUCGGAACACAGGCACAAAUACAAUGCAGCCGAAGCUGUUAUGAAUAAUGUAAUCUUCAUGCUGAACCGUAACUUUGUGCGGAAGAAGCGUCCGGAGAUAUUGUGGCACAACAGUAAAACCACGUCCUUUCCUCUCCACAAUGCGAAUCGCAAGAUACUGAGAAAAUACUGGAGUCAAUAUUCGAAGCAAUUCUUUUUGUCCUUUCUGGAAAUUGGCCGUAUAUUCUACUGCGCCAUGGGGGCCCAUCAAAAUAACUCGCCCAAUGAAAGAUAUUUCACGUAUAUGCCCGCUCAGUUCAGAGAUGUGUAGUUCAGCAAACUUUUUAAAUUAAGACAAUACGUAUCGAAAUUAAAAAGGUAUUUACUCUACAUAAAACGAUCUAGCUCUGGCUCUGGUCUAGCUCGCUAAGCACAAGCUGAAGCCCAUUCAAUAUUAAAUUGAAUCACAGAGUCACAUGCGUGAGCUGCGGAUACAGUUGCAUGCAGGACAAAGGCAUGGCACGCAAUCACUAAACAGCUAUAAUUCAUUAGCGCAAUAGCUCAUAAUCGCCUUAUGAAGCUACGUACGUGCAUGCUCAUUAAUCAGACUCAAUGAAAGGGUGAUGUCUGAUGGAUGCCAGCCAGGACUCGAUGACGGGUCAAAUUGGCAUGCAUGAACGCAUUUCCGCUUCCGCUGCUGCACGGCUUGACCCAUGGGUCAAGUUAUACGCCCUCUAUACACACACACACACACACAU